AUGUCUGUGUUAUUUUCAGACCCAGUCUCCUGGUUCUGCUCGCCCGCGCCGGACUACAAGCACUGGAUCAAGGCAGUUCGGCAGAUUUCGAGAACAUUAAUCAUUGUCAACAACUACCUUGAUCCAUUCCUGCUUGUGGCGGCAACUCUUGCGACAAUAGUCAUCUUCAACUUAAGCCAGACCUUUCUCCGCAGCAAACGACCCGCGAUGCUUCUCUCAGCAUGCGUGGGCCUCGCGACGACGGUUUUCCUUUUCACUACCCCGUUGCCGAUCCUGGCCGUCGACCAAACAGCUGAUCCAAAUCUGGUUGCAAAGCUCAAGGCAGCGGCAACCAUGUACGACCGACUGAACUUGCUCUCGGAUCAACAGCUGCUCUACAACUUCUCCGCCAAUCCAAUGUACUCUUGGAAACCAGGCAGCGUGUGCAAUGCCAACGCCGCAACCUGGCCCGUUCUUUCCACGGCGCGAGCCACGGUGGCCCAGCUCAAUCUAGGGCCCUGCGCCAUGCUCGCCCCGCACGUCCAUCGGGCGAAUAACCUUGUCGUCGCGGUCAGCGGGAGCACGCACACGUACAUGGUGCAGGAGAAUGGAGGUCGGCUUGUGGAGCAGGUGCUUUCGCCAGGGAUGAUGACCAUUUUCCCGGCUGCAAGCGUGCACUCGAUGUACAAUAUGGGCUGCGGAAACAACCAACUCUACUCCUUCCUGGAUGACGCCGAUCCGGGGACACUGAACAUCGCCCAGGCAUUUUUCAUGAUGCCCAAGAAUAUCGGCAUGCAAGUGAUGCCAUUCAGCAACUUGGACGACGGCAAUUGGACAGCGACAGCGCAGCAGAUCCCCGCUGUAGGCACUGGCAGUCAGGAGGGAUUCGAGGAGUGCAAGAGAAAAUGUGGCUUGGAGCAACAUAGCUUUGCUGGUGGACCUGUGAUAGCCUAG